CAAGUUCCAGAACCUGUUGCCUUGUUUCCUCUAAACUCCACUUUUGGUACCAAGGAAAUCAAAAGCAGAGUAGCUGCAGGGGACGCCAGUGGAGUUACUUUAGCUCCCGGCCCCGACGGGGUACCUGGUGGCUCGUACGAAUUUUCUGGAUCUUCAAACAGCUUUAUCGAGUUUUCUAACAGCGAAGGGGGACCACUUGACGUUCGUUACUCCAUGACAAUGCUUUGUUGGGUGUAUUACAACAGCAAAGACGGACCUCUUUUCAACUACAGGCCCAGUAAACCCUGGGCGGUACACCUAUGGGCUUUCACGGGUCAACUGUAUGUGGAAUUCAGAGAUCGUAAUUACUUAUACACUAACAUCCUUAUGCACACCGGUCUAGCGGGUGGAUGGAAGUUUGUUGGCGCUACAUACGACCACAGUACCGGUGAUGCAAAACUAUGGGUCAAUGGAGCCGUGGUUCAGACUCUGAACAUUGGAGCAGGACUGGACCUAGCCACUCAGGACAGCAUAAGGAUGGGAGCAAUUAAAAAUUAUGAUUGGUGGUCCUUCAAAGGAAGGAUUGCUCAGAUGCAGGUAUACGACAAGGCCUUAACUCAGGAACAAAUACAAACGAUACAACAACAA